GAGGUUGCCCCCGCCCCGCAAUGGACUUGGACCCCUGUGCAAGCAUGCAGGUCGGGAUGCGGGUGGUGCGCGGCCUGGAUUGGAAGUGGGGCAAGCAGGACAACGGCGAAGGGAACGUCGGGACCGUGGUAGAGAUUGGCCGGCAAGGGAGCCCGACGACGCCGGACAAGACCGUGGUGGUACAGUGGGAUCAAGGAACCCGCACCAACUACCGGACGGGGUUCCAAGGAGCAUAUGACCUUCUGUUGUAUGAUAAUGCACAAAUAGGUGUCCGGCACCCCAACAUUAUCUGUGAUUGCUGCAAGAAACACGGGAUCCGUGGGAUGCGCUGGAAGUGCAAGAUCUGCUUUGAUUAUGACUUGUGCAUGCUGUGCUACAUGAACAACAAGCACGACCUCGCCCAUGUGUUUGAGCGUUAUGAAACUGCCCACUCGCGACCAGUCACUGUGACCCCACGGCAGAACUUGCCUCGCGUCACCUUAAAGGGGACUUUUCAAGGAGCGAAAGUGGUCCGGGGCCCCGACUGGGAAUGGGCUAACCAGGAUGGGGGCGAAGGCAAAAUCGGGCGAGUCAUUGACAUCCGUGGCUGGGACGUGGAGACCGGCCGAAGCGUGGCCAGUGUCACGUGGGUUGACGGCACCACGAACGUGUACCGAGUCGGGCACAAAGGAAAGGUGGACCUGAAGUGCGUUGUGGAAGCGUCUGGAGGCUUUUACUAUAAAGAGCAUCUCCCUAAAUUAGGGAAGCCCGCAGAGUUGCAGAAGAAGGAGAGCACGGACAGGCACCCGUUCCAGCACGGCGACAAAGUGAAGUGUCUCCUGGACAUCGACAUCCUGCGAGAAAUGCAAGAAGGACACGGGGGCUGGAACCCGAAAAUGGCCGAGUUCAUCGGCCAAACAGGCACCGUACACAGAAUCACCGACCGGGGAGACGUAAGAGUGCAGUUCAAUAGUGAUAUCCGCUGGACCUUCCAUCCGGGAGCUCUGACCAAGCUCAACACCUUUUGGGUCGAUGACGUUGUCCGGGUGAUAGAUGACGUGGAGACCGUCAAGCAGCUGCAGGUGGGCCAUGGGGAAUGGACGGACGAGAUGGCCACGACCCUUGGGCACAUUGGCAAGGUGAUCAAAGUCUUUGGAGACGGGGACUUGCGGGUUUCUUUCGCGGGCCAGUCCUGGACCUUCAACCCUGCCUGCCUGACGGCCUACCAGAGAGAAGAGGACGCUAACCUCAUGACGAUCGAGGAUGCGAAGGAAUCUAAAAGCACCUUGCUCUCCGUGCUGGGAAGGCUGCUCUCGCAGAAAGUGGAAUUGGACAGCCCGGGCCGCCUGGUGAUCGAAGCAGCCCACGGAAACGUCAGCAAGGUCCGGGACUUGGUUCAGAAGUUCUCCGACAAGGUCGAUAUAAAAAACCAGGGCAGGACGGCACUGCAGGUGGCCUCUUACCUGGGCCAGGUGGAAGUGGUGAAGAUAUUGUUGCAGGCUCAUGCCAGCAUCAACCUACGAGACGAAGAAGGGGACACGGCCCUCCAUUAUGCAGCUUUUGGAAACCAAGCCGAGGUGGUCCGCGUGCUUCUCAGCAAAGGCGCCAGUCCGGACCUCUUGAACAACGUCAAGUGUACGGCCCUGUACAUCGCAGUCAACAAAGGCUUUACGGAAGUUGUGCAGGCCAUGUGCGAGCACAACUGUGACGUCAAUUUGCCGGAUUCAUACGGCGACACCCCUCUCCACUAUGCCAUCACCGCCGACUUCAAGUGCAUCAUCGAGACCCUGACAGAAGUCCCCACGAUCGAUUUCACCAUCCCGAACCGCCAAGGAUUCAACCAGCUGCACCACGCAGCCCUGAAAGGGAACAAACUAGCCAUCAAGAAGAUCCUGGCAAGAGCCCGGCAGCUGGUGGACGCCAAGAAGGGAGACGGCUUCACUGCGUUACACCUGGCCGCCCUGAACAAUCACAAGGAGGUGGCUGAGAUCCUUAUCAAAGAGGGUCGCUGCGACGUGAAUCUCAAGAACAACCGCAACCAGACGCCCCUCCACUUAGCGGUCACACAGGGCCACAUGGAGAUGGUGCAGCUGCUGGUGAGCGAGGGGUGCGACGUCAAUGCCGAAGACGAGGACGGCGACACGGCCAUGCACAUCGUCCUGGAGAGGCAGAACCUGAUGGCCAUCAUGGCCGACGAGCAGCCGGACGACGAAGGCAGCCUCUUCGCCAAGCUGCAGGCUUCCGGUUUCCUGGGCAAUGUUGAGCUGAAGGUGGGGGCCGCCAUCGCAUGCUACUUGGCGCACGAAGGGGCCGACGUCAACUACGCCAACCACAGGGGCAAGUCCCCCCUCGACCUCGUCAUGGACGGCAGCAUAGUUCAGCUAAUCAAGAACUUCUCACAGAAAUUCAGGGAUCGGCGAGAUUCCUCAGAGGGCUCCACAGUGACGUGCAGCCUGCGGCGGGUCCACACGACCCCCAACACCAUGACCAACCUCAGCGUGGCGAAGGUGGCCGCCCCCUCGGAGUGCCUGGUCUGCUCGGAGCUGGCCCUGCUGGUCCACUUCUUCCCCUGCCAGCACAGCAUCGUGUGCGAAGAGUGCUCCAGGAGAAUGAAGAGAUGCAUCAAAUGCCAAGUGACGAUAACCAAGAAGUUGAAGCAAGACAGUACAGAAGUGGAGGGCAGCCCCUGCUCGGAACCCACCGGCCAGCAAAAACUCAUGGAGGACCUCCAGAACCGUUACCGGCAGAUGGAGGAGCGCAUCACCUGCCCCAUCUGCAUCGACAACCAAAUCAAACUGAUCUUCCAGUGCGGGCACGGCUCGUGCCCGGAGUGCAGCGCCGCCCUGAUGGUGUGCCCGAUCUGCCGGACGACGAUCCGCGAACGGAUCCCGAUCUUCGUUUGAGGGCGGCUCCUCGGCUUCC